UUACUAAAUUACAACUUCCGGUUUUGUUCUGUAAUGUUUUGAUUGACGUUUCAUACAGAUUCUUUAGACGGACUGUAAUCAACAUACGGAGGUUGUCGUGUUGGGAUUUGUUUACAAGUUUAGUCUUUGUUUUCAUGUGUAGUCGAUAGAUACUGUCAAUCGAGACUCAGUACGUAGGAAUACCUUUUUUAUUUCACCUAACAGGAAACGUCAGACUGCGCCGCACAAUCACUCAUGCGUAGGUAGUUUUGUUUACAAACAAUUUACCACGUGAACUACAAUGUUACAAGCAAUAAUAGUUCUUACCUGAUGUGAACGGAGACAUUUUCACGGCUAUUACACCAUUAUGAACACUUCCUGGGCUCUCAAGAGGAAGUUCCAACGAGAAAUUGAUGAGAAACUGCACACAGGUUUCCAACGUGUUCUGCAGGUCACCCCAGAUUUGAUCAAUCGUCUUGGGUUGGAAAAAGAAUUAGAGGGGCACCAAGGCUGUGUGAACUGCCUGGAGUGGAAUGAAGAUGGCACGCGACUGGCAAGUGGCUCGGAUGAUGUUCAGGUGAUCAUCUGGGACCCGUUCCAUCAUCGCAGUCAGACUACAGUGAGAACAGGUCAUCAGGGAAACAUCUUCUCUGUCAAGUUCCUACCCAACUGUAAUGACUCCAUUGUGGUGACUGGGGCAGCUGACUGCAAGAUUCGGGUCCAUGACCUCAACCUCAAGGACACAACGCAAGUGUUCAGCUGCCAUGCUGGGAGGGUCAAGAGGAUCGCCACUGCACCCAAUGUGCCCUUCAUGUUUUGGAGCGCUGCGGAGGAUGGGACCGUUAUGCAGUUUGACCUCCGCAGCCCUGAGUCGAGUCAAAACAACCCACGGAAUGUCCUCAUCAACCUCCUUGCUCACAUGGGAGAGUAUGCUGAGGCAAAGUGUAUCUCUAUCAACCAGCUGCGCCCGGAACUUAUAGCGGUCGGGGCCAAUGACCCGUAUGUGAGGGUGUACGACAGACGCAUGCUCACCUGCCGCAGCAUGAAGUUCCCUGGAGACUUCAACAACAGAUUCCCAUGGGAGCAUCCUCACCUGGAGCUGAUGGAUGGGGAAGACUACACCCUGCCUCCUGGCUGCGUCAGCUUUUACGUCGCAGGUCAUUUACCCCAGAAGCAGUCUGACUACAAGAAGAAAUACCGCACACUGGCUGCAACGUACGUCACAUUCAGUCCUGAUGGCGCCGAGCUCCUGGUCAAUCUUGGAGGGGAGCAGAUCUACCUGUUUGAUGUCAACAGGAAGAGGCAGGCACAGAAGUUUGACCUGACGAACUUCCUCUCACCUAAUGGAGUAGUCAAAGAAGCAGCAGCAGCAGCAGCAUGUUCCCACACCAACGGAUUCAGCUUACAUCGAAAUGGAACCACCACCAACGGCGUGACGAACGGUGUAACCAAGCAUUCGGUGUUGACAUCUUCAGCGGCCUGUGUAGCAGCCAGAGACAGUGAUGAUGCCAUGCCCAAAACAAUAAAGAGACACAAAGCUGACACCAAGAACCUGGGCCCACUGGUGGAGACCCUCAAGAAACGAGCUAAUAGUUGUUUUGAGAAGGAACAGUAUACGAAGGCUAUCAUGUUGUACAACCAGGCCAUUGCCCGAGCCCCCCACGGGCCAGUUCUGUAUGGCAACCGGGCCGCAGCAUACAUGAAGAGGAAGUGGGACGGAGACCUAUAUGCAGCCAUGCGAGACUGCCACAGUGCCUUACGUCUAGACUCAAACCAUCUGAAGGCACACUUCCGUCUGGCCCGAUGUCUGUAUGAGCUGGCAUGGCCGCAGGAGGCACAUGAGUGUCUGAAACACUUCAAGUCCAAGUUUCCUGACUAUGCCAAGAGCCACGCAUGUGAAGCCCUGGACAGAGACAUAAAGGCAGCCAUAUUCUCAUGGACAGAUCCAGGUGAGGAGAAGGAGAGUGGGAAGGGGGACGAGGGCGGGAACCGGCGCGGCACACCGGUCAUCUCAGACCAGGAGAAGAUCCUCCGAGACACCGCCUGUGACUAUGAGUUCCGUUUUUGUGGACAUUGUAACACAACAACUGACAUCAAGGAGGCAAAUUUCUUCGGCAGCAACGGGCAGUACAUUGUGGCUGGAUCAGACGAUGGAUCCUUCUUCAUCUGGGAGAAGGAGACAACCAACAUUGUGAGGGUGCUAAGGGGAGAUGACUCUAUUGUUAACUGUCUACAACCCCAUCCAAACUCAUGUCUCCUAGCAACCAGUGGCAUUGAUCCUGUAGUUCGACUCUGGAGUCCUAAAGCAGAGGAUGGCAGUAAAAAUGAACGUGAAAUUGACAACUCUGAUGAUGCUGCAUCAGCCAAUCAGAAGCGGAUGAAUGCAGAUCCUCUUGAAGUGAUGCUCAUGAAUAUGGGUUAUCGUAUCACUGGAUUCCUUGAUGUAGACGAAGAUGACUCGGAACGAGGCGAGCAGCCUGUCAACUGUAGACCUACCUGAUCACCUAGCAUUAUGUGUCAUGACCUGGUUACCAUGACAACCAAGUAGAUGUCAGCAUUUCCCCAGGGAAUGUGUCAGAAGUUCACAUAUCAUUUUUAACAUGAAUCAUUUUUUUAGUUGGUUAUGGCUAGCUUGUGUUUGAAGGCACACUCUCCAUUAAUUGAACAAUUUUUCAAAAUGUCAGGAUUGUGAUCAUAGGUGAUCUUGUUUGUCAUAUUUGUUUCUGAAGGAAGUUGUGUUGUGAUCUGACACUGUGUAGUGUUGGAUUGAUUGGGGAAGAGAGAUCCUCACACUGGUCCUGCUUGCUACAACACAACAAUACUGCUUUUAUACCAGAAAUAAUGCUUGGCUCUCAGUCAGGUUUGGGCAGUGAAGAACUGAUUUAAGUAACACUGACAAGUAAGACGUAGUCAGAUGCACAUUUUGUUGCAUUUAAAACUGAUUCUGUGAGAUCUCAUGAUUUUCCACUGGACCAAAAGUCUGCUUCUAGUUAUUGUACCUUAAAUCCUUGAAUACAUCUUAAGAUAAACGCCUGAUUUGUUGAACAUGAUAAGAUACACAAGAAGAUAAAAUGUCUGUCAAAAUGACCGUAAUGUGAGUGUUAGGAAGGCUUGUUGUGACUGCAGAGUGACAAGGGUGUUGGACGAAGUAUGCUUUCUCCUAUUGUGUACAUUCUUUCAAUGUCAAUAAUAUACUUUUGGUUGUUUCAAUACUAUUUACUUUCUAGAUGUGAGAACAUCAGUAACUGUGAGAUGUUUUCUCUGGACACACCAGCUCUGCUUGCUUGGUACACGGCACUGUCUAUAUAUGGUUAGGAUGGGUCACAGUUGUGCUCCAAGAUGUCAGAAGUAGAUAAACAGCGUCAUGUUUUAUUGUCUGGGUAAAGUGUUCCCCAGGACUAAUGCCAUAUUUGUUGAUGUUCAUACUGUUGAUAAUGUUUUGCUUGUAUGAACAGAAUAUCUAAACCGUGACCAGUGAGAAGAAACUAAACUCACUGGACCUCAUGUACUUUAUUUUCCUACUGCUGACCGAGGCUGAAUUAUUUCAGUUGGCAAGCCCACUGGUCUCAAAGAGGGGUUUGUUUUCUAUAUGAGCAUCAACAUGGAUGUGUUGCUACCCUGGUUUAAUUUCCACUACUGAUUUGUUUCAUGAGUGUGUCGUUCAACUACUGACUGUAAUGGUUUGCUCUGUGAGGGCCAGACAAGUUCUUGUUCUACGGAUAAGCUUACCCUAACACCUUACUGUGAGGGCCAGACAAGUUCUUGUUCUACGGAUAAGCUUACCCUAACCCCUUAGUUGAGCAUGCAACUAGAGCAGAGUUACAAAUGGUUACAUUUUCAUUCCCCUCCGCCCGUUAGAAAUGAUCAAUUAAAAGAACUGUUUCCUGAAAAUGAGGUCCAAAGCAUUAAAUUUAGUCACAUGUAUAUUUUAACCAUUGACAUGUGCUGAUAUUACAGUGACCAGCACAUCUUCAGCUGACGACAUGCUAGUGAUGCUUGAAACAAUAGGGGUGCUUGUUCUUGCCUUCCACAGCUUCUCUGAUAUAUACUACCCAUCAAAAGUUUACACUCACUAGCCUAAAUGUAGCCACUUACAGUCAACUGUUCUUGACUAGAUUUUGCAAAA